AGUUUUGGGCUUUUGCCGCUAUUUUAUUGCUAGCUUUUUGGUCUAUGCUCACCGGAACUGUUACUCUCCGUUGGUCCGCCGGCAACCUCAACGCCAUCUCCGAUAAUAUCGACAUUCCUCUCCCCGAAGAUCUCGACGUUCUCGCAAUGGAAGAAAGGGAGAAGUUAGUGAAGCAUAUGUGGGAUGUAUAUACAAACAGCCGUGGGAUCAAAAUGCCAAAGUUUUGGCAGGAAGCAUUUGAGGCGGCAUACGAGGAGUUAACCAGUGAUGUUCCUGGAGUUUCCGAAGAUGCCAUUUCUGAGAUCGCUAAGAUGUCUGUUCGCUACAUUCCUAUUGAAUCGCCACCUCUCCAUUCAUUGGGAGUGCGAGAAUUAAGUCUAAGGCAAACGAAGAGCGAACAAACAACUGCAACAGGGAGAAGGUUAUGACUUGGAGAAAUCAAGAACCCCCAUUUGCGUGGUUGCGGCUUUUUCACACACGAUAAAUGGUGAUUUAUGCCAUCUGCUGUCUGGUAUUGAUGAAAGGGAGCAUUUGGGAAAAGAUUACACUGACAUGCAUUGCAUUUUUGCUGUAAGGACAAAACGAUGUAUCUAUUUAGGUUUUGAUACUUGUAAUUUUUUAUUCUCCUUUAUUUUCCUGUCUUCCUAAUGAAAGCACAUAUUGGUGAAAAACUCAAACAUUAUCAUGAUUGGAUUAAUUCAUGCAAAAAGAAAAAUCUGGAGUUGUUGCUACA